AGCUAUUACACACAAGAUAAUGGAAAGAGUGUUUCUGCAUCCAUGCAGGUAUUAUUGUUUGAAUGAUCUUAUUAUUCACCUAUGGUUGUAAUAAUUUAGAAACUAAAAAUUUUGUUUGUUUUAUGACAUCUUUGUUUCAGAUUUCUGAAUUUGUUUCCGCAAAGGCAGAUUUUGGAUCUGAACUAGCUAUAAGUACUAGAACAAAGCUUGAGCCAGGUGAUAAGAUUAAAGUGCUUGGUCACUCAAUCAGUUGUUCUCAAUUAUUUGUAUGAAUGCAAUGAUUAAAUGUUUUAUAUACGUAAUGAUUGUUUUAUUGGUGAUAAUAAGAUGCCCUUCUGCUUGACUUAUUAGUUACUUGGUGGCAACAACAUGGGAUUAAUUGCUUACAACUCCAGAGGAUUGCCAUAGGCAUAUUAAGUCAGAGAUGCUCUUCGUUUGUUUGCAAACACAGCUGGAGUUCAUUUGAUUAGAUGCAUUAUAAAAUUACCUUUUACAUGCCCAAGAGCACCCAACUAAGCAUUCAGCACGCAACUCAAACCAAAUCAAUCCAAAUCAUGGGCUCUCACGUAGAUGUAUCUUAAACCAAAAUCUUUUAAUAUCAGGUAUUUAACUGGGAAUAUGCUGACUGGGCCUAUACCUGGAUGGAUCUUGCAAAGAAGCAACAACUUGCUGUGGACAUUUUUGCAGCUUCCUCAGCUUCUUCUAUCAGCAGAUUGUCUAUAAUGAAAGAAAUUGAGAAGAUGUUGUGUGUUCCGACAUCAGAAGAAGAAACAUUAUACCCUCCAAAUAAGCCUAUAAUACAGGCACAAAGAGGAAGUGAGAAGUUUGAUGACCCAAAUCCAUUUUCUUUUCUAGAAGAGUUGAAAUCCAAUAAGGCCUGUAGAUUUGAGCUAUCUGAUAUUGCUGGACGUAUUGUUGAGUUCAGGCAAGCUUCUAUAUUAACUUCUACAAAUCUUAUGCAUGAAAGUAUAUUUGUAAUUUUGUAAUAUAUUUAAUAUGCAAGAAAGUAAUCGUUUUGUGCAUGUUUGGCAUCAGUUCUGACCAACA